GCUGCGGCCAUGCUACAAAAAAUAUUGACCGACACAAAGUAGAGAUGUGAUUUUGAACAGCCUUGGUGAUUUGUGUUGGAUGAAAGCUAAACAAUGGCUGAAUCAACAGAAAAUUCUCCAAACAAGGAGUUUUUGGAUGACAAAAGUGAAGCUGGGGACCAGAAUGCUACAGAAGACCAAGUAAGAGAGGGAACUGUUGCUUCAGACCAAAGCCCAUUUGAGAUUACCUUGUCAGAAUUCAAACCAGAUCCCAAACUCAUCAAUGUGCAUCAAUUCUAUCCAUCUUUGGAACAUCAGUUCCACAAAUCUGCUUCUAAGUUUGAAGAGGAGCAGAAUAAGAGGACUGAGGAUGCCAUGAAGGAGAUUGUGGAAGAGUCCUCCACGUUUGCUCUGACGGACAAUGAGGGUACCAUGGUUACAACAGAUGUGGAAACCACUCAAGAUUCCUUACAGAUCCGCAGUAAAGGAGAGAGCACGGAUGGUACUGAUGAAGAUUCCAACAAUUCAGGGAUGCCGGGAGAGAAAGAUAUACUUUCAGUUUUGACGAACAAGGAAGGACUGUUCAGUACUGCAGUCAGUGAGGAAACAUUACAAAAAGCAAAGGCAAAAGGGAAAAGUAUUUUCCAAACUGAGGACUGGGGGGCAGUGGCUCAGUACUCCCCAGGGAUGCAGGAGAUUGUAGAUCAAAGAGCACAAGAACAUUUCAAUGAUGCUAUGAAAGCUAAAGAGGAAGGGAAGUUUGAGCAGGUUUUAAAGAGCAUUUCUAAAGCAAUGGGACUCCGAACUGACCCCCUCUAUUACGUAGAGAAAGCCGAGGCUUACAUACAACUCUGUGACUUCCAGUCUGCCAUAUUGAAUUACAAGAAAGCCUGUUUACUGGAUCCAGACAAUGUGGAUUACUAUUCCAGACUGGCAUUUUUGUAUUAUUUUAUGGGACAGACACUAUUUGAUCAGAGACUAUAUCCUGAAGCCUUAGAGUCAUUUGCGAGAGCAGCUGAAAUGAACCCUGACAACACUGGGUACCACAUCAGAAGUAUGACCUGCCUGGCAGCUCUACAUAGACAUGGUGAAUGUUUGGCUUUAGUCAACAAGAGACUGGAGACAGACAAUGAAAACCCUGAUCUGUAUAUCAUGCGAGCAAGGUUACAUGAGAUGUUUAGAAAUACCACCCUUUGCUAUUAUGACAUCAAAGAUGCCAUCCAAGUUGACCCUGAUCACCAGGAAGCCAAGGCAAUGAUGGAAAAAAUGGAGAAGAGAGCCCAGGACAACAAGAGAGAGGCCAUGCAACUAAAUCUGAUGGGUAAACAUAGAGAGGCUCUACAGAAGAUCUCUAUUGCCAUAGAUACUGAUCCUGUUGUGGCCGAUUUUCAUGUUUUAAGAGGCUCCCUACAUCGACGACUGGGCGACUAUAACGCUGCUAUCGAUGACUUCCUGUUGGCUCUGGACAAAUGUGAGCACAAUGAGGAGUCAGCUGUCUACAUUGACUCCCAGAGGCAGCUGUUGUUGACAUACAAUGACUUUGCUGUAGAGUGUUUUACUAAGGGCUUUUAUGAAGAAGCCAUUAUUUUACUAAAUAAAGCAAUCAAGGGAGAGAAGCGUGAAAAAGGAUUGUAUAUCAACAGAGGAGAUUGCUUUUUCCGCCAGAAUGACUUUAACUUUGCCCUACAGGACUACUGUCAGGCUCUGGAGCUGGACCCAGCUGAUGACAAUAUUAAGUCUCGUAUCUCCGUCAUAUACAAUGAGUUUGGAGUUACUGCCUAUCAAGACAAGAAUUACUCAGAGGCUGAAGAUAAACUCACACAGGCAAUACAAUACAAUCCAAAAGUAGGUCAGUACUAUAUUACAAGGUCCAGAUGCCGAUACAUGCUGGAGAAUAUCCAUGGUGCUAGACUGGACCUUAUCAUGGGGCUUUUACUGGACCCCACCAAUCAGGAUGUUCUCUCUAUCUUAUCUCGUUUGUUUCCUGGGAAAUCUAUUGGUGAUGUUGUCAAUAGCAGAGCAGCUGAUCCAGCUAAGAUAGCAAUCCGAGCAAUACUCAAUAUUCAGCCUCAGAAAUCUCAGACUAAAGUCACUUAUGAUGCUCUCACAGAAAGUGGAGUACUGGACAGUCAUGCCACACAUUCCAUCCCUCCAAAGUCUGCCCAGACAACAUGGAGCCAAGCUGAUACUGAUGUAUCCACUGUGGAGGAUAGUCUUGUUCGUCCAGGGGGUUGCUUUCCUCCUCUCAGGGCCUGUAUGAAAGAGAAAGACUUCAACAUAAAACUUGCCAUUGAAAAGAAACAUGUUCAGGAGGAGGUGUCUGUAGCCUUAAAAGAGAGAAAGAGUCUACGUUAUGAUGGAGCCCGAGUCCAGCCCCUCCCACCUCCAGCUCCUAAUCCAAACUCGCAAAAAGCCCCACCACCCAGGGAAAGAUUCAUUAAAGAUGCAUUUGGAGGAAAACAAAAGGUCAUGACCUACAACUGGCGAAAAUUCACCAUGGGAAUAGGUCUGUCUGAUGUCAAGGACAUUUGAUAGCAUUCUUCUGUGAGAGAGUUAAGUGUAAAUGGUAUUUUUCUGUCAUUUUAAAUUGUGUGAAUGCAAUGUGCUCGUAUAUGUGUUAAUGUAAUUAAAUGUGUAUGGAUAAAUAGAAAUGUGUACAAAUUUAGUAUCAGAGGUUUAAUUGAUUGUUACACAUCUUAUCAGAUGAGCUAUUAAAUGAGAUUGGUUUUUACAGGGAAGAUAUAUUAGAAUUAAUAGGAAUUCUUUAAAAAAUCAGUAUUUAUACACUACUGUAUAUGUACUUCCUUUUAUCAGAUUAACAUUUUGGUGCCUUCGGUGCAAUAGCUAAUGCAUUAAUUAGUACAGUAGUACUACAUAAAGGUAUGCUGAUUGUGCUAUUUCUUGAUUGCGCCAAAACAUUUGUGAUAAUUUUUUUAAUACAUGUACACUCAAACAAGACCUAAGUAUGUAAGGAAUACACUUGUUAAUUAUAAUUUAUAUUAUAUCUGUGUUAAAAUGUUUGUGUAAUAAUGUAACUAUAUAAUAUGUCGUUCAUAUUUGUAUCUUCAGUGUAAUGUUCAAAUCAAGUAAGGUAUUGGUAAUGUUGCAAGUGUUGAGAAUAUAGUUACAAUUUACUUCAAAAUUAUACAACUGUUCAGAGUUAAGAUGUUUUAAACUAAAAUAAAAACUUCAGUGUAAAAUAGAAGGAUGCAUUAAUGCAAUCAACAUUGCUGUCCAUGUAAGAAAAUGGAAAAAAGUACAUUCUGAUCCGUCAGUGUAAACCUGAUGAGUUUCACAAUAUUGAAAAACUUGCUAGUCUAGAAUAUGAGAAUUACUAAAAAUUCAUUGAUAAUGUGUUAGCCCUGCUGAGAGUCACUUGUCUUGGACUUGUGUGUUGAUAGGAAUUCUGUGCACUUUCACCAUGGAUUCUUAUAAAUGCUGUAACCUAACUUAAUCAGAAGAUUGGGAAUUGAUGCAUGUUUUUACUGUGGUGCUGUGGAGACUUUGCUGUCAGGCUACUCACAAAAUGGUUGUUACUUAUUGACAAAAAAAAAUAAAUGAUAAAAAAUCUUUAA